AUGAGGGCGCUGCUCGCCGUGGGGGCUGACGUGGGGGCGAGGGACGGGGCGUGGGGGUGGACUGCCCUGCACGUCGCAGCAUCCAGGGGAGACGUCGAGGCGGCGAGGCUGCUGGUGGAUGCGGGGGCGCCUGUGGACGCCAGGAGCACCUGGCAGCAGUGGAUGCCUCUGCGCGUGGCCGCAGGGAGGGGCAGGGCCGCUGUGGCGCGACUGCUUCUUGGGGCGAACGCCGACCCCAACGCCAGGGAUGCUGGUGGGUGGACGCCGCUGCACUUGGCGGCACGCUAUGGCAACGCGGAAGUGGCGGCUGCCCUGCUCGAGGCGGGGGCCGACUGGGGGGGGGCCACAACUGGUGACAGUGGGGCCACAGCGCUGGACCUCGCCAGGGAGAACGAGGACGGACGGCUGAUGGAGAUGCUGUCAUGA